GUGACCUCAACUCUCCCUGUCUGUCUCCCUUUUGAAGCCAUUUCUCUUCCUGGAAGCCUGAGUCCCUAACGUCUCUCGACAGUCAUCGUUCUCCAUGGCAAGAGGAAGCAAAACCAGGAGGACAAAAUCCCAUUCCCAUGCAUCCGGCAAGAAGAAGAGAAAUGCAACUGAUCAAGAAGAACAACAGCGAGGAGCACUGGUCGAAACGCCCGGCCAAAGCUCUCUCUCACUGCUUCCCCUGAUGAUUCUCACAGACAUUCUCUUGAGACUGCCUUUCAAGACCAUAUUCAGUUGCAGGUGUGUGUGCAAAACAUGGCUCAGUAUUCUCUUAGACCCUGUCUUCGCCCAAAUGUAUCGAGCAAGAGCGCCCUCCAGCAUCAUCCUCCAACCUCAAAACGACAUCCUUAAACAUUACCUUUACGCGGUCGAUCUCGAGGCAUCUGACAGUAAUAAUCAUGCUAUUAGUAUUAGUCACUAUAGCAAUAGAGUGAAGUUUGACACUCAAACUCAAUUGUCUCCCCAAAACAAACUCAGUCUGGUGGAUUCUUGCAAUGGUUUGAUUCUUCUGUGCGAGUCGUUCCGCAUGGACCUGUUGGCAGAGAGGUUAUAUGUAUGUAACCCGAUAUCGGGCGAGUUCGUGAUUGUUAGACCCAUCAGGCCCAACCUGCCGCAUUGGGUGUCUCCGCGGCUUGGGUUCUGUCCCAAGGCCCGGAAGUUCAAGGUGGUUAUAUUUGUGAACAAGGAGAAUGCAGCUGAUGAAAAAAUGCCCACUGAUGUGUACACGCUUGGCAGGGAGGGAGGUUGGAGGAGUGUUCUAAUGAAGUAUGAUGUGCGCAGCAGCGUGCGUGACACUACCUUUCUGAAUGGAUUUAUUCAUUUUCUCUGGGGCCGUGCUAUACCUGAAUUAUUAAUACGUUCCUUUGAUGUCGAGAACGAGAAGUUCCAACCGGUUCCACCACCUCCCCUCCUUGAUUCAUCUCUAAAGACAGGGGGGCAAAGUAUGAGCCUGGGCGUACUGGGGGGCUGUCUUACCUUGGCUGAAUUUCCUUAUGAUGAUGGUAGGUGCUUUCACGUUUGGGUAAUGAAGGAAUAUGGUGUCCAAGCGUCUUGGACUAAGGAAUGGUCCAUUGAUGUCCAGAUCGACAUACCUAUGUAUUCCGUACCCCAUUGUCAUAUAGUAGGGUUGCUCGGCAAUGGAGACAUCUUGAUUUUACAUCAUGAGAAAACUCUGUUUUCUUUCAAUCGAGCGAAUCGUACUUGCAAAUAUCACAGAAUUGACAAAAUACAUUACUUUCAAGCGCUGCCUUAUGUUCCCAACUUUUCUUCACUUAGUGAGUUCGCAAGUGGAGAAGAUGUGUUUAAUGCCAGAUUCAGAAUGUUUUAAUUGUCAUUGGAAGAUUCAGUCCUGAAGAAGGUAGAAAUUAUGGAAAAUAUCAGCUUCUGAUGGGCAGAUGAAAUCUACAGCAUCUUCAUAUUUUGAAUAAUACAAAGAAAAAACUUAAUUUGAAUAAUUUUUGGGGAGAAGACCUUCUGUUAAAAUACUUGGCUUGGAUGUUAGUCCAGCUUCUGGGGCCAAGUGCAAACAAUCAUUUACAGCCUGCUUGCUCAUGCUGGAUAUGUGCUUUAUUUUACAGUAAAACUCCUAUUUUCAACUCU